ACUUGAACGUUGUUUUAAGAUAUAACGUUAUAAGAAAGUGAACCAACAUGGAUUAUAAAAUACGAGCUGCAAGGAAAGAAGACUGCAAAGACAUCGCACGAAUGAUAAUGGAGUUAGCUGUUUUUGAAAAGAUGCCAGAUCAAGUAAAGAUUUCUUACAAAGAACUGGAACGUGAUGGCUUCUGUCAAAAUCCUUUUUUUGAGUGUCUGAUUGCUGAGGUGUCUGAUGCACACAGAUCUAAAUGUGGUCACACCGUAGUUGGAUAUGCACUUUAUUUUUACACUUACAGUACAUGGAAGGGGCGAACGGUUUACCUUGAAGACUUGUAUGUGAUGCCCGAAUUCAGAGGUAAUGGGAUUGGCAAAAGCUUGAUGAGCAAAGUGGCAAAGAUUGCAGCAGAGAAGCAAUGUGUGCGUCUACAGUUGUCUGUUUUAGACUGGAACUCUCCAGCCCGAGAUUUCUAUGCAGCUAAAGGUGCUCAGGACCUCACUGAUAGCGAAGGAUGGCACUUUAUACGAUUUGAUGGUUUAAGUCUUGAUAACUUGGUGAAGGAAGCUCCUCAAGAUUAAGUUAGUGACUAGAUCUGACUUCUUGCCACAUUUCCUAAAUUAUGAAGGCCUGUUUUUCUUUUAUAAUAAAUACACAAUUGUAA